UCACACCUCGCUCGCGCUGACAGUCUCUCCUUGAGCAGAGGCUCUGUUUGACUUCUUUAGUCCACGCUUCAUCCCGGUGCCUUGUUCUUUGGAUUUAUCUAUUUUUUAUCUUUAACCUUCUCAAAUAUUAACGUCAGAAAUAACCGGAGAGACAGUAAGUGACGGCAAAUUAAGUUUGUUCAACCGUCUGGUCAGCCCUAGUCGUUGUUAGUGGUUGACUGAUUGAACGCAUCCAUCCCAGGUGUCACUGCGGUGUGGAACAUUAGCUAAUUUUCAAAGCUGUCUAGAUUUACAUUUUUUACUCGGUCCAAUUUGCACGGAAAGUGGCUGGAAGUUAGAACUGAAAGUGCUGAGCAUCAGAAAGUAUUGUAAUCUACAGGAGGAGACCAAUAACCCCAACUGCCGACAGUACAAGGCUUCUCAAGCAGCAGUUAGAAAUGGAGCCCCGACUAAUGAAUAAUCUGAGGGUGGUGCUCCUCUUCUUCAUCCUCAUCUCUACAGCUUCCUGUGAAAAUGACCUGGACUUGAAGUUUUGUGGCUUGUGGCAACACGGUAAGGGCAGUCUGAGUCUGAACGUCAACCUCUCCAAAGGCUGCAGCGGGAUCUCAGUCUCAGCCAAUCAGAGCGCUCUGUCCAUCGAGGGCCAGAUCACAGCUCAGUGUAAACAGGCCAAUGAGAUCCAGCUUGGACUGAAUUUGAAGGAGGAAACUCCCUUCUGUCUGUACUGGGACCCAUUGCUGGACCACUUGAUGCUGCAGGUGGGAGGAAAGAACCUGACUCUGUGCUACCCUGGCAGCCUAAAGGGUUCCUCCUGCUGCACCGAUCUGUCUGACGGUCCCAAAGCAGACCAAGCCCCCUACGGCAUCAAGAAUGGAAUCAUCAAAACUGAUUUCAUCUCCUCUAAAACACGAACUCACUACAAUUUCACAGCACAACCAAUCAACUGCAAAAUGUUAUGUGAUCAACAGAGCCAGCAGUCCACCAGAGGCAACAUGACUGAACGGGCUGCGGUGAAGUCCUUCGCUGGUUGGAACAUCGAGCAUCCCUGCGCUCGCAGCUCCGAGGUGGAGAUGACGGAGGAUUUCAGAGGCGUCAACGUCACAUCGCCUUUCUCUAAAGGUGAAUCUGCAGAGUCCGCUACCACUGUCCACCUCCCUCCCGCUCUGAAAGAAGCUGCAAAAAAGUCAAACAAAGUAGUCUGCACUUUCUUCCAAAAUAACUCUUUGUUCCAGGAGGUUGACAAGGAGGCCAGGAUUCUUGAUGAUGUGGUGGGAAUCACCGUGGAGAACGAGAUCAUCGUCAAUCUUUCUGAGCCAAUCAGGAUUGCCUUUCACCAUGAUGUCAUACCUAAAACGCAUUCAAGGAGUUGUGUUUCAUGGGACACGAGGAAAGAUCCGUUGCAGGUCAAUUGGUUAGGAGAUGGAUGUGAGGUCGGACAGAAAGGAGAAAAGUACACUGAGUGCCUCUGUAACCAUCUGACAUACUUCACUGUGCUCGUGCAAAUAAAGCCUCGCCCAGUGCGCCACCUCCUGGCUCUGACUGCCAUUUCAUCUCUGGGCUCUGCUGUGUCUGUGAUCAGUUGUGUGGCUGUCAUCGUUUUUCUCGCCAGGAAAAGCAAGCGAUGUAAGGAGGCAUCUAUCCACAUCCACCUGGGCUUAGCUGUGUCCCUGGCCUGCCUCAACCUGCUCUUCUUCUUCACCGGGGUCCUGGCUAACGUGGGAGGGGAGAGCGUGUGCGUCUGGGUGGGGGCGCUUCUUCACUACAGCCUACUCUGCUCCUUCGCCUGGAUGGGUGCAGAAAUUUUCCACACCUUCUGGUUGAUCUGCAUCAUUUUCAACCCCUCCCCGAAGCCCUUUGUGUGGUACACGGUCGGUUUCGUUCUCCCUGCUGUUCCCACAGUCAUCCUCGCUGCAGUAGGGGACAUUUACGGAGUGAAAAAGGUGGCGCCGAGCGAUGACAUCAACAACCCGUAUCUCAUGUGCUGGAUGAAAGAGAACCCCAAGGCCUUGCUGGCCCAUUAUUUCACCAACAUGACAGUCACAAUGGUCCUGGUGUCCUCGGGCUUUGUGAUGCUCUUCAUGGUCUACAGAAAGAUCCGCACCAGAGAGGAAUGGAGGCAGAACCGCAAGGCUUUUCUCAGCAUCUGGGGCCUCAGCUGCCUCUUUGGGACCACUUGGGGUCUCACCUUCCUGGACUUUGGACGUCUCGCUGACUUCAUGCUCUUCAUUUCCUGCAUCCUCAACUCCUUACAAGGGUUCCUCCUCAUGCUGCGGUUCUACAUGCUGGACUGGUUGAGGAAAGAGAGCGGAGGAUCGACUCUGGGCACCAGCAGCACCGGCUCCACCCGGCAACACAUGCUGAAGGCCCAGGAGCAGGGCAAGAGGGACAGCGAGCAGAGCUGCAGCAGUCACGCUUUGUAUGCCAAAAUGCAGAAUCCUUUUCAAAGAAAAUGAAAGAAUGUUCCUCCACCGACUGCCACAAUGUAGACUGACUGCCUCCCCUGCUGGAGUUCUGUGGGAAAUGUAACAACCCACGACUGAAGAGAGAGAAAGCAGUGAGCGAGCUUUCCUACACUUGUUCUAGUAUUAGCGGCUUUGGAGCACCCGCUUCUCAGAUGGAAUGGAUUCAACCAGUGUUGUGCAUGCACUUGUGUCCGUUGGUCAUCUUAUGAAGAGUUUGGAUCUGUUUUGCAGUAAAUAAUGUUUGCAGCAAAUGAGAAGACAAUUCUGGUGAAUCCAUUUUCUAAGUCUGAUCUCAAAAUAAAUCUCAUGUGUUUAGGACCUACUAGAAAAGUAAAAAAUAGCUGUUGCCAGUAUAAUCUUUCCAAGUUCCUUAAGAAGGAUGUAAAGUCAUUUAGAACAUGUGUUGCAUGUUACCAGCCUCUUGUGGACAGAAUGAGUAUUUCCUCAACACAUGUAAAAGAAAAGUGUGUUUUCAGAUGGAGCCUGUUUGACCUGUUCUUAAGUCGUAAACACAGCAGAGGAAAUAUUUUAAGUUGGACGUAGGCAUGGAUACCAAGACUUUGACCUUCUUGUUGCCUCUCAGGGCUUCCAUACAUUGCACUGAUGGAGAGAAUCUGAAUAUAAUCAACCUUGCUGGAAGUUUUUUAAAUAACAUAAUCCGCUUUGCAGUCAAAACUGGUUAAAAAAGCCUUGAUUCAUCUUCUCGUGGACAGUGGAGAAGGUGUGACCCCAUCACUCAGGAAAUCAUAAUACAGGCCUGGAGCCUUUAUUUAUAAAAUAUCUAGACUGGGUCUAGAUAUAGAAGGGAAAGAAUUUAUUUCAGAUUUGAAACUGGUAAUAAAGUUAAGCUUUCUUUCCAGACAGCGAAACAUGAGCAUGCUCAAUGUUUCAAGUGUCUAUGCUGUCAUUUCCAUUAUGUUGUCUACAAAAGAAAUAUAUUAUUAUUGAAGAUCUCCUUGAACCUUGGAUAAGCUUUUUAUUUGUUUUUUACUGUGUAAUUGUUUUGUAGCUAAUUGUAAGUCUUUUUAGCACUUUAGAUUUUCAAUUUUUUUUAUUAGACCCUCAGUGAGUUGUCUUUUGUUUUCAUGUAUGCAUUAUGCAGAACGUUUCAUAUUCAGAGCUGAAUGUUGUAUAAUAGAUGACUUUUCCAGGCCCUGUUGAGACCUUCAGUAAACAUUAUAUAAAUAAAAUAUAACAGUCUUUCAUUUCAACAUGUUCCUAAUUGCAUUUCAAUUGAGGUCCUUUGAACAAAACUGAUGGCAGAAUCUGAUUUAAAAACAUUUGAUAUUUCUGUAAAUAUAAUUUCAGUGAAUGUUAAGAUACUGUGAUAUUUGCACUUUUUUAUUUUUUUCUAAUGAAAUAAUGUCACUUAGAUGACUGUAUAUGAUUUUUUGUUGAUGUAAAUAGACUGUUAAUAAAAGUUAUUGUGG